UGGAGAAACAGGAAGUAGAGUCAUCUGAAUCGAAAACAAAGCCACACGGAACUUUAAUUUGGCAAAAACAUGAACAUGACAGCAGAGGGAAAGUACUUCGACUGGCCUGACUGAAGACAUGAGACAACCUUCGCUUCUUCUCAGGCUGUCGCUGGCAGUCCUCCUCUCUACCAAUGUGCUGGCUCAGCAGCCGGUAGAGAUCCAGUUCCAGACAGACCCGGUUCUGGUUCAAACUGGUUCUGAGAUCGUGUUUACGGUGCUGACGGUGUCCCAGGUUUUCUCCAUGAAAUGGCAGUUCCAAGGAGGAGUCACUAUUGGUCAGUGGAGCUCAGGAUCCUCAGCGAUUAACCCGGGAACCCAGUUCGUGGGUCGCGUCGCCAUCUCUGCAAACCAGCUCCGAAUCACAGGCGCACAGCUCCGAGAUGCGGGGGAUUACACGGUGGAGGUGACCCCCUCUGGUACCACAGACUUUGUUGUUAACUCCAGAUCGGUACAACUGAGAGUCUUUGAUGAAGUGGCGGGGUUGAAUCUGAUUGUCCCCCCAGUUGCGGUGGAGGGGAGGAAUGUGUCUCUGCGGUGUACAUGGACUGCUGGGACCGAUAUUACAGUCCAGUGGGGCAAAGGAGGUGUAGCCAUCGUCACCGACGCCAGGAUCACCAUCUCAGGCGACUUUCUAGUCAUCAACCCAGUGAGACGAAGUGAUGCCGGGGAUUACUCAUGCACUGUCAGCAACCCUGUCAGCGCCCAAACCACCACACAGAGCGUCACUGUCUACUAUGGCCCUGACACCCCUGUGCUGACCAAGGAGAGCGCUAAAGAGUGUGUUGGGGGAGGGGAUGUGUUGGUGGGACAGGAGGUGCGUCUCACCUGCUUGUCUGACUCGCUGCCCCCUGCCCUGUUCUCAUGGCAACGUGACGGACAGACGGUCGCGACCGGACAGCCGGACAGCGGGGUGCUCAACCUUCAGACUUUAUCAACAGAUGAGAGCGGCCGGUAUGUGUGCAUGGCCAGAAACAGCGUCACCGGAGGCACGUCGGAGCAUGGGACAGACUUGGCCAUCGUGGCCACGUGUCUAAAUGUCGGGGAGGUAGUGGGGAUUGUGAUUGGCUGUUUGCUGCUGCUGAUCCUCAUUGUGCUUAUUGUCUUUCUCCUGCGACGAAGGAGGGCACAGAGACAAAGUGAUGCUGCUGUGCUUGUGCAGAAGGACAACCCGAAUCCCAGGCUGAUACCUCCAGAUCCACAACCUAAUGGUGCAAGGGAUUUGGGCCAAGGUCCCCAACCCCCCCUGUAUAACACACGUCAUCCUGAAGGCGUAUACGCUGCCCCGCGUGAAAGCCGCAGCAUCCCACAGACACUGCAGCUGAACGGGCUGCAUAACUCCGGCCCACACCAACAGAAUGGACUGACCCACGCAAAUGGACUCCUACAAAAUAAUGCCAAUUCAUACCCACACACUGGCAUUGACAACAGGGCUUUUACGCACACUGAUGCUCAAAAUACAAACACACUCCCCAACACACAGCAGCAAAAUCCAAACAUCCUCAUUCAGACUGGCGGUGCCCAGGGCGGCAACCAGCAGCCGGGGGUCCACCUCAGCCUCAACACACUGCCACAGAGUGCUCAGCAGAACAACAAUGCGCAAAUGCCCACCAUACAUGUAAAUCUUAACUCAUACCCAACCAACAGCCAUCAGACUCAGCAAGACAGCUCCUUUCCUCUUACCAAUACUGCCAAUAAUAACACUUUGCAAAGCCAACAGAACGUAACACACGCAGAGCAAUCAAAUCCCAGAAUGCAAAGCGGGCAGCCCUUUCCUAGUGACCCCAGGCUUAAUGGUCACAUAGAGGCAGAUCACCUAGAUCAGCCAAGGCUUGUCCCGACUGGAUACACACACUACAACAGUAAUAACACUGUCCAGCGAAACGCCGACACACAGACGUUCCAGCGGGACCCAGAGCCUCCUAGCAGGUCUGAAAGAAACUCGUGGGAUCUCCUCAGAGGCACACCAGCGUAUCCCAGCGGCACGCCUCAUAGAAGACAGACAUCACCUGAGUACACCUCUGACAAUACAGACUACACCUACCAUCCGCCCAUACCAGAGGCAAGCGCACCCAGCAGAUCUCAGCAUCGACUCCAGAGCCAAAACACUUCACGGAGCAGAGCUUCACCAAGACGAGAAGCACCAUCAGAGGAGCGACGGACAGGGAGCCGUUCUGCUGAUCAUCGAGGCCCAAACACUCGCAGUGUAACACAGCUUGAGGCUGAACACAACACACAGAGAGGCAGACACACACAAAGGCAGAGCGCUCAGCGAGACAUCAGAGAUCCGCCUGGUAGCCAGAACGCCCCCAGGCAGGAAGCCACACACAGGAAUAACCCCCAGGCCCUGCCUCUCAUGAGCCAGCAGGCCUCUGUAGUCCACUCUGCUCUGUCACAAGGACCCACGACACAACAGGGACCGGCUGCACCUCGGGGUGCAGAUACAAGAGCUUUGGCUGAUCCUAAUCACCUUCCACAGACACACAGAGCAGCACAGAUCCAAACCUCAUCACAAGGCCUGGGCAAACAGACACAGCCUGUCAUAAAUGGUGCCAAUCCUCCCCGCCAAGGAGGCACUGCUCCACUCCCAAACUCUUCUGCCCAGCAUAAUCCCAGUCACCUAACCCAGGCUGCUCUCACAGCCCACACUGAGAGGGCUCAAACAUUUCAGAAUAGGAAACAUCAGACCAUGGCUGCCCUGCUUCACCCCGGACCACAGACACGGGCUCCUGCUGACGGGGCUAAGCAACCACCAGCUCCUCCUCCUGUGAUCCCCCUCACACAGUUCCAGACCCUCCCCAAGAAGCACAUCCCGCACAGAUCCCCAGUCAGAGGGCCUCAGCCACCUAGACCUCCUGUCAACAUGCCGGUUGCUCAACGACACCAACAAGUACAACAUCGGCCCACCAACCAUCAUCCCCAACGUGGACACAUGCAUGCCGACCCACACAGGCAUGCCAAUGGCCAUGGGCAUCCUGCACACUUCACCCAGCAGCAUCAGACUCACAGGGGGAGACCAAAAUGAUGACAGAUGUCAGCAGAGUACUAUCUACAACUGUCCCGCAUCCACUGACAAACAAACAGCUGACACACUUGAUCCAACGUACCAUCGAGCAGGACUGACUGCACAAGGUUCUCCUCUCAACAAAGCUGACACAUCCUGGUGUAUCAGUCGCUCAGGUUAAAGGAAAUAAAGAUGUUUCCCAUUGGGAUUAUAAAGUGUAUAUAUUUUUUAAAUAGAGUACUGCUUUUUCUAGAAAUUAAUGUCAAAUUAUCAAAAGCAGGAUGCUAAAUUUGCACUUUUUAAAAGAAUGUAUUAACGUGAUAUUGAAUGGGUUUUUUUUUUUUUCUGAAAUCCUUCCCCGUCAACAACAUCGCUCUACACACAAAUAAACACACACAGACGUUAUGUAGUCCCACGUGUAUUGUACUAUUUUGCCUUCUGAAGCCAUGCUCAUGCAUCAAACUUGGCUGCGGAGCCUCCUCCGAGUCGACAGGCUCAGUGAUCCAUAGCUCUUGACCAAUUCACAUCCCCUCAUCCAUUCAUCAUAAAAAGAUCCAAACAACAGCACCUUGACAACAUGCACUUGAGGUACUCACAUGAAUAUAUCUGUCUCUGAUCUAAUAUUGACGGUCAGUAAAUGAGAAAUUAAUUCACCCCUGUGACGGGUGACAAUUAUGAAAGAAGAAAUUAGCCGUUGGGGCGGUUCUUAAUAUAAAUGGAACUAUUUAUUUUGCGCCUUCUGUUUACGGAUGCUUCGUAUGACACUUCUCAAUUAAGGGAUUCGCCUCAGUGGUGCUCAGGCGUAAUGCUCAGCUAACUAUGAAGGGGAUCCCCAUAUGGAUGCGCGCUUAUCAAUUAAAUGCUUUUUUAUGUGACUUAAAUGAUUUGGAAAGUAAUCACUACCCGGGCAUGAACGAGGUCAGCACAAAGACUGGAGCUGCCACGCUUUCUGCUGAAAAAGCACAAAGUAACAAUUUACUGUCUGCACCGGGUCACGGACAGCACAUUAAAAACAAUGGGAUGUCAUUACUUUUACAGAUGAUGUAUUUAUUGAAUUAUAAUGUUGGUGCUUUAUUUAAACUCGGGAAUGCUUGUAAAAACGUAUUAUUCUGGUUGCACCAAUUGAAAAUAAUGCUGUUAUUUCUGUAUAAAUGUUAAUUUCACGUGGAAUUUCAAGGGUGAGGAUGCAACGAUUACGUUUGUUAUUGUCAACAAAUCCACAAACUGAUCCUACUUGCAAGAGAUUUUUUUUUCUGUGCAUUACAGCACCAUUGUUGUCUCAUAAAUACACAUCAAUGAGCCACACAGUUGCACUGCCUGACAUAGUCAAGUAUUACCAUAAACAUGGCCACUUCAUCCGAUACCAUCAACACUAUCCUGCUGCUGUAAAUUCACACAGCAACAUAAAAUAUAACCGCAAUAAAGUCACUAACAGGCCAUAGACUCACACUAUCCUGCAUAAGGGAACCGUUUGCUGUAAGUGAACACAAAAGCAUCAAAUGUGUAAAUCCCCAGCUGAAGAAUCCCCAAUAUAUGCACAAGUUGCUGCUAUGUGAGUAUUUUAUCAAAUCUGCAGUGUCAAGAUGUUGCAGGAAAGCCUUCUUUGUACAGAACGCCAUAUUUGCAACCUGUUAUUAAAGAUUUACGUCCUCAAGUGCAACAAAUGGGCUGAGAACCUUCAACAAGGAAAGGAAGUAACACUUGAGAGAGAAAAUGAUGCACAGUUGUUUUUCAUCUUUACGUGGGAUUGGUUGACAUUCAUCCUCGCAUCAAAAUACAUUAACUUAACAUCCAAAUACACAACACAUCUGUCGGCUCCGACCAAACACCUGGAGCAUGAGAUUCACUUUAGUGCCUUGAAUAAUGGUGCUGUUUUAGGCAAAUGAAUGCUUGUGUAUUUUUGUACGUUGUUUGGGCUUGAGGAAUCCAUACAGAAUGUUCUCAAUAAUAAACACAUGUUUUUCAAUAUAA